AUUCCAUUUGUGCUCGUCUUCUUCCAAGGGCAAAACAGAUUCUAUUAUCAUCUGACUCAGAGGCAGUGGUAUCCCAUCCUCAGGAGCCUCAGAGUCUGGAUGGCUCAUCACCUGCCAGUCAGUGUUUCCCUGUGUACUGGCCUCACCAAUGUGAAGUUAUCAGGGACAGAACUGAGCACAUUGAUUGGAUACCCACCACCCCUGAGCCAUUGUACGCUCCAACAGGUUUGGAGAUGAUGCCACCAUACCAAACCCCUGACAAAGGCACUGUGAUUUAUCUAGAAGAAGCUAAUAAAAACUCCUGCUUUAUGUAUUCCCAAGUGAGAAGUCUCUGCCCCCUGAAGCAGAUCCUCCAUCAGAAGGAGGACAACACACUGAUAUUUGAAGCACGGUUUGAAAGUGGAAAUUUGCAGAAGGUGGUCAAAAUCAGUGAAUUUGAGUACCAGCUGACCCUGCGCACCGACCUCUACACAAGCAGACACACGCAGUGGUACUACUUCCAAGUAAGCAAUACACAGGCAGGGAUGCCAUAUCGAUUCACUAUUGUCAACUUUACCAAGAGUAACAGCUUAUAUAAAUGUGGCUUGCAGCCACUGUUAUACUCGGAAGCUGAUGCUAGGAAACACAAGGUUGGCUGGCGAAGGACUGGAAAUGAAAUCAAGUAUUACAAAAACAAUGCGGGCCAAGAUGGACAUCAGUAUUUCUCACUCACUUGGACAUUCCAGUUCCCUCAUGACCAGGACACCUGCUACUUUGCCCACUGCUAUCCUUACACCUACUCCAACCUGCAGGAGUACCUGGUAGCCAUCUCUAAAGAUCCAGUGAAGUCCAAAUUCUGCAAGAUUCACAUCUUGUGCCAUUCACUGGCAGGAAACAUAGUGUAUGUUUUAACUAUCACCAACCCCCCUGAAAGUGGCAGGGGCACCAAGAGGAAGGCUGUGGUACUAACCGCAAGGGUGCAUCCAGGAGAAACUAACAGUUCCUGGAUAAUGAAGGGCUUUCUAGAUUACAUUCUUGGUGAUUCAGGCAAAGCUCAACUCCUGCGGGAUAGUUUUGUCUUCAAAGUGGUACCCAUGUUGAAUCCAGAUGGUGUGAUUGUGGGAAAUCACCGGUGCUCUUUAACAGGCCAGGACCUGAACCGCAAAUACAGAUCUAACCUGAAGAAAUUCUAUCCUUCCAUCUGGUAUACCCGAAACAUGAUCAAAAGAGUGAUGAGGGAACGUGAUGUUUUUCUGUAUUGUGACAUCCAUGGUCACAACAGGAAACAAAACGUCUUCAUGUAUGGUUGUGAGAGAAAGCAGCAAGCAAAAGCACCAAACAUGCAUCCACGUAUCUUCCCACUCUUGCUGAGCAAGAGCUGUCCAGAUAAGUUCUCCUUCCCAGAUUGCCAUUUCAGAGUACAAAAGAGCAAAGGAGGCACAGGUCGAGUGGUAAUGUGGAAGAUGGGCAUCAACAACAGCUACACUCUGGAAGCCUCUACCUGUGGCUCUAAGUUGGGCUGCAGACGAAGUACCCAUUUCAAUAUGAAAGACUUUGAGUCAAUAGGACAGCAUUUCUGUGAUGCUCUCUUGAACUACUGUGUUCAUAACAAGGAGGAACACAAUCAAGUAGUGAAACAGCAAGCCAGAGUGAACUCCAAGGUCCUGAAUUCUGAUGUGUCAGACUGGGAUUCCAGCAGUCAAGCUUCCGACAGCCCAGACUCCUGUGAUCUGGUUGCACAUCAGCUAAAACUAGGUACUAAGAAAAAAAACAAAACAUCAGGAGAAUAUUUUCACAGCAUUGCUGAAGACAGAAGUUAUGAAAGCAAAAAAACUCAACACAUUGAAACUCAACAUAAGAUAUUUCAGGUACCUGACUCAGUGAAAAAAGUAAAAUUGCCAAUUACAGCCUGUGCCAAACAAGUAGGAAAGGAUUUCAGCUCUGGGAGUCUCACCCAUGAUGCUAAAGGCAAUCAUGAAAACCCAUCGGUGCCACAGGAGGCAGGAAAAAGUGUGUGCCGUGCUACCAUCCUAUCCACAAGAAAAAAUUUCCAUUCAUCCAGCUUUAGUCUGGUCUCCCAGAAGAUGAAGAAACACAAUGGUAAAAGUGUCUCCAAGUCUGCAGAGAACACGUUUCAGUAUUUUAAAGGUCAUGAUCAUAGUGCAAAGAGCCAUUCAAAUGAAGAAUGGAAAAUGAAGGAGAAGCUCCCCUCAAAAAGCACAAAGCCCAAGAAAACCCAGACAGCAAGCCAAGAUGUAAAUUUUGGGAAGAGUAAGUCCUGCCAGGCACAAGACACACUGCAGUUCUCUCUGCACUUACUGCCUGAAGCCAAGAACAGACAACAUGCUGCAAAAUAUCAGGGUAUAUUUUGGAGCCCCGGUUCUUCAGCCAGUGAGGGCACAUGA